AUGACGGAAUCACCCGCACUCUCAGGAAGAAUGGCACGAUGGCAAAUCUUAUUGUUUAAGUAUGAUAUCGCGUAUGUGAGCCAAAAGUCAAUAAAGGGAAGCACGAUAGCUGACUUCUUGGCAAGUAGAGCAAUGGAAGAGUACGAGUCUUUGAGAUUCGAUUUCCCAGAUGAAGACUUGAUGUGCAUUUCCGAAAAAGAAAGUGAAUCAUCAAAAGAUCAACAAUGGAAGAUGAGCUUUGAUGGAGCAUCGAAUGCAUUAGGACACGGGAUAGGAGUAGUCUUACUGUCACCAGAAGGGAACUAUUACCCGCUUAUUGCCAGAUUGAAUUUCUUAUGUACCAAUAAUAUAGCAGAAUAUGAAGCUUGCAUCAUGGGACUUCGUGCAGCUAUUGAACAGAAAAUCAAAAUUUUAGACGUGUACAAGGACUCAGCAUUGGUGAUUUAUCAAAUUCGUAGAGAUUGGGAAGUAAGGGAUUUGAAAUUGAUCAAGUAUCACGAUCUCGUUGUAGAAUUGAUCAAAGAAUUUAAAGAAACGACUUUUAACUACCUCCCACAAGAAGAAAACCAAUUGGCUGAUGCCUUGGCCACCUUAGCUUCAAUGUUCGAAGCAAACAGAUAUACUGAAAUAAUGCCUCUUCAAAUGAGCAUAUAUGAGGUCCCUGCACAUUAUUUUAGCAUUGAGAAUGCGCCAGUUGGACAACCAUGGUUCCAUGAUAUUUUGGAGUAUAUCAAGAAUCAAAGGUAUCCCGAGCAAGAAAACAAGAAUGACAAAAGAACAAUCAGGAGAUUGGCGAUUGGAUUUGUUCUUAACAAGAAUAUUCUAUACAAAAGAGGAAAAGAUCAAAUGCUCCUGAGAUGCGUGGACGCUGUUGAUGCCAAAAGAAUACUUGAAGAUGUCCAUGAAGGAAUUUGUGGAAUGCAUACUAAUGGUUUCACUAUGGCUAGGCAAAUUAUGAGACUUGGUUAUUAUUGGCUGACGAUGGAAAGGGAUUGCAGUAGCUACGCACGAAAGUGCCUGAAAAUGUGUUAA